AUGGACUAUUGCAAUAUCGAGGAUGUCGAAGUGGCUGCAGCCCAAGCCUCUGAUGGCGAUGCGACGGAUUCCACAGAGUCUGCAUCGUCGUCUCAGCUGAGGAGCAAUGCUAUUUGGAGGGUAAACACGCACGAGCCUCUACCCCCGAAAACUUUCUCUGUCGUCGAUUUGACAAGCCCAGCUCGCCCCGACGGCCCAGGUUACCUUGGUCCUAAUCCUCGCUCAGUAAAGACAAAUGGUUCGCGACCACAAGCCUCACCGAUGGCCAGCCUGGCCGCUUCCCCUACACCCCGCCCGCAAAUCGACCAUCAGAUAAGACUCCUGCCAGCGGAGAUUCGAGCCCCGAAUCCUCAAGGGGGCCAGCUGGAGUUUACAACUCAUCUUACCCAGACGCUGAAGAAGAUGACGAACGGGGAGGCACCCUUGCUCAAGCAUUUCCGGCCGGCAUUUGUCAGUCGAGACAUCAAGGUGCUCGAGCGAGGAUACUGGCAAUUUUGGAUCAAAAUAGCAGAGGAGAGUAUUGUGAAAGAAUCAAGACAGCCUCCGAGAGCAACCCUGAAGCUGCUAGGGUCUACGGCACGCAAGGAACGUGGCAAGGCCGCGGGUGUGCGGGAGCUAAAGGCUCUGUGGACCGAGUGCGAAUUCCUGCAGUUCUGGAAGAAUGUGACAGUGGUUAUCGAAUCUGGUAAGGUAGGAUGGGCGACACGGAUGACAAAGGAGCUGGAAAGUGACAGUCUCUGGAAGAUCAGGGCAUUCACAUGGGGAGAGACGCUCGGACACAUUUGGAUGUUGUUUUUGGUUUUAUCAGAUCGACUGACGGGGAAAGUAUACAUGGAAUGGAUCUCUGGGGAUGGUGCAGUGGUCGUCCAGAUGUCACAUGGAAAACGCCAGUCUGGGGUAUGGAUGAGAAAGGGGCCGGAAGGGGCACGAGGGGUCUGGAGUUUGGGAUAA